CCCCAGAGACACAGAGCUGUCCCUAACUUUCCUCUUCACUUCCCGGAAGGCGCCUUGCCUUCCCAACUUCUUAGAUUGAUUAUAAGUUAGGGUUGCACAAUCUCCUCAUUUACUCACUAUCCUGAAGAGGAAUCAACCCCUCUAAACUGUCUUUGUACUUUUGAGAUAGAAACCCAGAAUGGCUUACACAAGCUCCUUCAGAGCUUCUUCUUCUUCUUCUACUCUUUCCAGCCCUCGAAAAAUUACUUAUGAUGUUUUCUUGAGUUUUAGAGGCGAAGACACCCGCUAUAAUUUCACUGAUCACCUCUACAGUGCUUUGGGUAGGAGAGGGAUUCGCACCUUCAGAGACGAUAGACUCAGGAGAGGAGAAGCGAUUGCUCCAGAACUCUUGAAAGCCAUUGAAGAAUCAAGGUCUUCGGUAAUUGUUUUCUCUGAAAACUAUGCUCGUUCGAGAUGGUGUUUGGAUGAGUUGGUAAAGAUCAUGGAGUGCCAGAAAGAUAUGGGAUGUGCUGUUUUCCCAAUUUUCUAUCAUGUGGAUCCAUCCCAUGUACGAAAGCAAGAGGGAAGUUUUGGAGAGGCCUUUGCCGGUAAUGAAGAAAACUGGAAGGACAAGAAACCAAGGUGGAGGACGGCCUUGACGGAAGCAGCCAAUCUUUCUGGAUGGCAUCUACUAGAUGGGUACGAGUCCAAUCAAAUUAAAGAAAUAACUAAUAGCAUAUUCCGUCAAUUGAAAUGUAAGAGGCUUGAUGUUGGUGCCAAUUUAGUUGGUAUAGAUUCCCAUGUAAAAGAGAUGAUUUUGCGGUUGCAUAUGGAAUCUAGUGAUGUUCGUAUUGUUGGGAUAUAUGGAGUUGGUGGGAUAGGUAAGACUACCAUUGCAAAGGUUAUAUAUAAUAACCUUUCUUGCGAAUUUGAAUGUAUGAGCUUUCUUGAGGAUAUUAGAGAGAAAUUCAAGACCCAAGGUGUAUCUCCCUUACAAAAUCAACUUCUUGCUGAUAUCCUAAUGGAAGAGGGGAGUCAAAAUAUAAAUGGCAUUGCCCACAGAGCAAGUAUGAUAGAGGCCAUUCUCUUAGCUAAAAGAGCUUUUAUAGUUCUUGAUGAUGUUGAUGAUGUAGAUCAAUUAGAAUAUUUACUUAGAAAUCGUGGAUGGCUUGGAGAAGGAAGUAGAGUCAUCAUAACAACUAGAAAUAAACAUGUGUUAGAUGUACAAGAAGUGGAUUACUCAUAUGAGGUUGAGGGAUUGGAUUUUGAAGAAGCUUGUGAACUUUUCAGUUUGAAUGCCUUUAAACAAAAUCUUCCCAAAUCAGAUUACAGAAACCUCGCAUGUCGUGUUGUAGGCUAUUGUCAAGGGCUUCCAUUAGCUCUAAAAGUUCUAGGUUCUCUCUUAUUCAACAAGACAAUACCUGAAUGGGAAAGUGAAUUGCGUAAAUUGGACAGAGAACCUGAAGCAGGAAUUCACAAUGUGCUUAAACGAAGCUAUGAUGGAUUAGGUCAUACAGAAAAAAAUAUAUUUCUUGAUGUUGCCUGUUUUUUUAAAGGUGAAAAUAGGUAUUUUGUGUCAAGAAUAUUGGAUGCUUGUGAUUUCCAUGCAGAAAUAGGAAUAACAAAUCUAAAUGAUAGGUGUCUUAUAACUCUCCCAUCGAACCAAAUACGUAUGCAUGAUUUGAUACAACAAAUGGGCUGGGACAUUGUUCGUGAAAAAUUUCCUUAUGAGCCAAACAAAUGGAGCAGAUUGUGGGAUCCCUGUGAUUUUGAACGUGCACUUACAGCAUAUGAGGGAAUAAAUACAGUUGAAACAAUAUCCUUGGACUUGUCCAAGUUAAAAAGAGUAUGCUCCAAUUCAAAUGUUUUUGCAAAGAUGACUAGACUUCGAUUGCUCAAAGUUCAUUCAGGUGUCUAUUAUAAUCAUUUGAAUGGUAUUCGUGAGAAGGAUUAUUAUGCUAUAAUAAAAAAUACUUCUCAAAUGCGACUUGACAUGAAAUUUGAAUUUCCUUAUGAGUUAAGGUAUCUUCGUUGGGAUGGAUAUCCUUUAGAUUUUUUACCAUCAAACUUUGAUGGAGGGAAGCUUGUUGAACUUCACUUGAUCUGUAGCAACAUAAAACAGUUGUGGCAAGGGAAUAAGGAUCUUGAAAGGUUAAAGGUCCUUGAUCUGAGUUACUCAAGGAAGCUCAGUCAAAUGCCAGAGUCAAGUAUGCCAAAUUUAAAGAAACUAUAUCUUAGAGGUUGUGUAAGCUUGAUCGAUAUUCACCCAUCUAUUGGAAAUAUGAAGAAGCUUACUGUCUUAAAUUUGGAAAGCUGUGAUAAGCUUAAGAAUCUUCCGGAUAGCAUUAGAGACUUGGAAUCUCUUCGGUUUCUUGAUCUCUCUAAUUGCUCAAAGUUUGAGAAAUUUCCGGAGAAGGGAGGGAAGAUGAAAAGCUUAAAGUUACUUCAUUUAGGAAAUACUGCUAUUAAGGAUCUGCCUGAUAGCAUUGGAGACUUGGAAUCUCUUCGGGAACUCGAUCUCUCUGAUUGCUCAAAGUUUGAGAAAUUUCCGGAGAAGUUUUGGAACAUGAAAAGUUUAGAGAACCUUUAUUUAAGAAAUACUGCUAUUAAGGAUCUGCCUGAUAGCAUUGGAGACUUGGAAUCUCUUUGGGAUCUCGAUCUCUCUAAUUGCUCAAAGUUAGAGAAAAUUCCGGAAAAGGUAGGGAACAUAAAAAGUUUAAGGCGGCUCUGGUUAGAAAAUACUGGUAUUAAGGAUCUGCCUGAUAGCAUUGGAGACUUGGAAUCUCUUCAGUUUCUCGAUCUCUCUUAUUGCUCAAAGUUUGAGAAAUUUCCGGAGAUGGGAGGGAACAUGAAAAGUUUAAAGGAGCUUCAUUUAGGAAAUACUGGUAUUAAGGAUCUGCCUGAAAGCAUUGGAGACUUUGAAUCUCUUAACAGGCUUUCUCUCUCUAAUUGCCGAAAGUUUGAGGUGCUUCCUUUAAGUCUAAAAGCAAUAGACGCACACCUUUGCACAAGCAAGGAAGAUUUAUCACGUCUGCUCUGGCAGUGCCACCUCAACUGGUUGAAAUCCACAACAGAGGAGUUUAAUAGGUGGGAACUCAGUGCUUUUAUUCCAGAAAGUAGUGGAAUUCCAGAGUGGAUAAGGUAUCAAUCGGGAAGUGAAGUAACAGAAAAGCUUCCAAUUAAUUGGUGUGAAGAUCCUGACUUCCCAGGAUUUGUUCUAUCAUGUGUUUAUCGUCCAUCUUACAGCCAUGAUUUUCCAACUCACCGCCAUGAUUUCCGGUGUGAAUUGAAUUUACAUUGCAAUGGAUCUAGUAUGCGUAGUUUUCGAUGCUAUCUUGAAUGCUGGUGUCAGUGCCAUGCUAAUUUUAAAGAUUCGAGAGGUCUAGUAUGCGUUUAUUGGUAUCCUAAGAGUGCUAUUCCGGAAGAGCUUCACUAUAAAUACACACAUAUUAAUGCUUCAUUUAGUGGGGAUAAGAUGGAAAUAAAAAAAUGCGGCAUCAAUGUUAUAUAUUUGGGAGAUCAACGAAAUCAUAUGCCCAUGUUGGAGCAUCAUCAGAACUCUGGUGACAACACCGAUCUCUCCAUCACCAGUGAAAUUUGUGAUAGUACCAAUCAGAACGAAAUCACAUGUGGUAGCUGCUGGUGGAGUUUAUGUUUUUUCCUAUCAACUUAUUGUGGAAACCUAAGGACAAUGAGGAGAAGUUAAUCUCAAGAUGCAAGUGAGAUUCCAAAUGUUGCUAAGGUGGUCUACUCUUGCAUAUGAUCAGUCUUGCUUACCAUCAUGACCAUCAAGAAAGAUACUACAAUUUGUGUAUUGAAAGUGUGAAUUAGGAAUGUUUAAAAAAAUGAAAACUUGAAUUGACAUAUGUUUUUGCCUAUAAGAUGUGUGGUUAUAGGCAAUUCUUAUGGGUAUGUAAUUGACCUUGAUGUUGCAUAUGAAGCAUAUCACCCUCUCUAUAUCUUCAAGCUAGUGGUUGGAGCUUCUCCGGGUAGUGAAAGACAAGUGUCAUGGAUUUAAGUAUUUUCAAAGCUCUCAUGUGGCAUAUAGACGAUUCAAGUCUCUUGAAGUUGUUAAUUUUUUCACGUUGUGACAAAGGUCUGUAUCACAUUUCACACAUUAUAACCAUCACAUUUUAACUCAA